UGUGCACUACGCACCCCUCCUUUUUUAUCGUUGAGACUUGAGACUUGAGAGUAGGAGUUAAACUUGGAAAAGAAGUAUAAAAAAAACUUGGAAAAGAAGUAUAAAAAAAUGUUUAUUAUUUAUACCAAUUUAUUUUUGUUCUAACAAACCCUAGCUAUUUUUCCCCCUUCCAACUCACAAUCGCAAAACACACAAAUCUAUCAGAAAGAGAAGCACACAACGAUAAAGAGAAAAAGUCUGGAUUCUACAGUGAUUCAUUUUCGUACGAUCAUCGGGGAAGGUUCUGUAAUCUUGAAUUCUCAAUCAGAAUAACAAUCAUGAGAUUCAUGAAGGGGAGUAAAGUGGAAGUACUAAGAAAGAAAGAGGCGACUCCUGCUGAAUGGGCUUGUGCUAAGAUUAUUUCAGGCAAUGGGCACACUUAUAGUGUCGUAUUUGAAGGUUCUUGUGGCAUGAGAAGUGAGGCACUUGUGGAGAGAGUGCCAAGGAAGGCCAUUAGACCCUGUCCUCCUUCUGUGGGAAGUGUGGAGAGUUGUGCAGUUGGAGAUAUUGUGGAAGUUUUUGAUGUUGGUUCUUGGAAAAUAGCCAUGGUUGUGAAGCCUUUUGGCAGAGAUUAUUAUUUGGCUAGGCUACUGGGGUCUUGUGAGGAGUUCAGAGUUCACAAAUCCAACGUUCGGGUGCGUCAGUCUUGGCAAAAUAAUGAAUGGAUUGUGAUCAGAAAGGGUUUGGAGAGUUGUGAUUUGGUGAAAUCCAACAAACCAUCUAGCUCGUAUUGUCAUCAGAUUACUUCUGGAGUUCCUCAAUUCAUUUCAAGAAGAAAGAUGCAGGCAGGAUAUAAUUGUUUAGCUGCUCAAGACAAUACAUGCUUUCAAGAGCCUUAUACUGUCUCAUCUAGGAUAUUGAAGAGAUCUCUCCCUUAUUGCUCCUCUAAUAUUGAACCAUAUGCCAGAAAAACGAGAGGAAUCCAGAAAGAGGGUGAAUCCCUCUUGCUGAAAAAGGUAGAUGCUGUUGCUUGCCCACGAGUAAAUCUGGGUGAAACAUACAUGCAUGCUUCCUGUAAUAAUGGAACAACUGGAUGGUUUGAAUUGGAGAGGGGAAAUCAGAUUGGUUCUAUUUUUUGUUUCCAUGAAAGAAGUUCAGAACCUAAUGAUUGUAGUAGUCUUGCAUCUUCUGUUGGUAGUUGUAGUGUUGUUAGCAACAGUACAAAUGAGUUGUCUGGUCAUAAUUUAUCAGAUCCUACUCAAGAUGCAGAUCCUAUUGGUAGUGAUGCAGAUUCCUUUUAUAAUUGUGGAGAUGAGGAACGAAAAUGUCCCCUUUCUAUGAAAGAGGAUGUACCUGCAAGAAUCCAUAGAUUAGAGUUGCAUGCUUAUCGCAGCACUCUAGAGGCAAUAUAUGCUUCUGGGCCCUUAAGUUGGGAACACGAAGCUCUAUUGACAAAUCUCCGCAUUUCACUCAACAUUUCCAAUGAUGAACAUUUGAUGGAGAUUAGGAAUUUAAAAUCAGCUCAAACUAGCAUUCAUCUUAGUUAACUAACAAUCAAGGGAUUUUUUUCCUUUAGAAUAGGAUAUUCUACACUUGACAAUUUCCUUCUCGUCAUUGUAAGAAGCUGGAGGAGUGGUUACAUUGUGUAGCUUCUGGUUGAUUCAAUUUGUAAUUUGGAAAUCAUGUACUAAAUACUUUUAUACAAAAAUGAAUUUGUCCAGGCUCAUUGUUGUGCUCUUUA